CCAGUUGCUGCUUCAGCAUAAAUUGCAUUGCGGAUCUUCCCUCCCAUGCAUCAGUCUUCAAACGUUUGUUUCUCCAAGCGCCACUUUCGAUUCUUCUUUAGCACGAAUCGAAAAGGAAACAGAAGGCCCGCAUAAAAUAAGACAAGACAAAGGGAAGAAAAAAGACAUGAACAUUAUAAACAACAUUGUUGUAUUUCCACUUGUGCUCUUCCUCAUCAUCCCCAAAACCUUGGCCCAGCCGUCCCAAGGCCCUCCAAGCCUCACCAAGAUCCUCCAAGAUGCUGGCAACUUCACGGAUUUCCUCCGGCUGCUCAAGAUCACCCACAUGGCCGGCCAAAUCGCCACUCAGCUCCAGAACUCGAACGACGGCCUCACCAUCUUAGUCCCGCCCGACCCUGCCUUCUCGAUCCUCAAGUCCGGGUCUCUGAACAGCCUCAGCGAUAAGCAACUAGUGCAGCUGAUCCAGUUCCAUGUCAUCCCGCAGUUUCUCUCCAAGCCCUUGUUUCAGACCGUGAGCAACCCAUUGAGGACGCUGGCUGACGGUAAUAAUGAUGGCGCAUUCCCGUUGAAUAUCACUGUCGCUGGCACUGAGCUCAAGGUGUCCACUGGCAUCGAUGAGGCGACGGUGGGCGAAUCGUUGUACUCAGAUAACCAGCUGGCAGUUUACCGGAUCGACCAUGUUCUUCUUCCUCCGAUCAUCUUUCCAUCACCUUCGGCACCGGCGCCAGAGAAGCCUGAGAAGAAGCAGCCUGCCCCUUUGACGACCUCGUCUACGCUGAAGAAAAUGGUCGAUGGCCAGACUUCGCUGACCGUCGGAUUAGCUGCUGUGCUAUUGCUUCUUGAUUUUUAAUGUGGCGUGAAAUUUUAAUCCGUUCAUGGUAGGACCGAUUUUAUGCGACAAGAUGGACACGCCUUUUUCAGUUUGUGUAACUGAGCUUCUUGUUCCAAAAUAAAAUCAUGUAAUUGCCAUGAGAGAUAUGAGCUGGAUGAUAAAUUGUUCUUCAUAA